AAAUUUAUUAUUGUUGACCAAAUCCUAACCAUAAGUAUUAAUGUGAUGAGUAGGUGAUUGAAUUGAAGAGAAGAUGGUUGGAGAAGGAAGAAAACCAAAGGCAGUGAUUGUUGGAGGUAGCAUAGGAGGGAUAUCAAGUGCACAUGCCCUUAUCUUAGCUGGUUGGGAUGUCCUUGUCCUUGAAAAAACCACCUCACCUCCAACUGGAAGUCCUACUGGUGCAGGUCUUGGACUCAACUCCCUCUCUCAACAAAUCAUUCAAUCUUGGAUUUCAAAACCACCACAAUUCCUACACAACACCACUCAUCCACUAACUAUUGAUCAGAACCUGGUAACUGAUAGUGAGAAGAAGGUUAAUAGGACAUUGACAAGAGAUGAAAGUUUAAACUUCAGAGCAGCACAUUGGGGUGAUCUUCAUGGUGUUCUCUAUGAAUCACUUCCACCACAAAUAUUUUUAUGGGGUCAUAUUUUUCUUUCUUUCCAUGUUGCAAAUGAAAAGGGUCCUGUCAUAGUAAAGGCUAAAGUUGUGAAAACUGGAGAGGUUAUUGAGAUUGUAGGAGAUUUGCUUGUUGCUGCAGAUGGUUGUCUCUCUUCAAUCCGCCGGAAAUAUCUCCCUGAUUUUAAACUAAGGUAUUCAGGCUAUUGUGCUUGGAGAGGGGUUCUUGAUUUUUCAGAAAUUGAGAAUUCAGAAACCAUCAAAGGUAUCAAGAAGGCAUACCCUGAUUUAGGAAAAUGCUUGUACUUUGACUUGGCCUCGGGUACACACAGUGUGUUAUAUGAGCUUCCGAAUAAAAAACUCAAUUGGAUUUGGUAUGUGAAUCAGCCAGAGCCUGAAGUGAAGGGAACCUCGGUGACGACAAAAGUAACUAGUGACAUGAUCCAGAAGAUGCACCAAGAAGCAGAAAAAAUAUGGAUUCCUGAGUUAGCGAAGGUCAUGAAAGAAACCAAGGAACCUUUCUUAAAUUUCAUAUAUGAUAGUGACCCCUUAGAGAAGAUAUUCUGGGACAAUGUGGUAUUGGUAGGGGAAGCAGCUCACCCUACUACACCUCACUACCUUAGAAGCACAAAUAUGACAAUAUUAGAUGCAGCGGUGUUAGGCAAAUGCAUAGAGAAAUGGGGAACAGAAAUGCUUGAAUCGGCUUUGGAAGAGUAUCAGCUCACUAGACUACCAGUUACUUCCAAGCAAGUUCUUCAUGCAAGGCGUCUUGGUCGCAUAAAACAAGGUCUGGUGCUCCCCGAUAGAGAUCCUUUUGAUCCCAAGUCAGCAAGGCAAGAGGAGUGUCAGGAGAUUAUACUAACGAACACACCUUUUUUCAAUGAUGCUCCUUUGUCAUUUGCUUCUGUUACAUCUUCAAUUUGAUUGUAUGUGUUAGUAUAGUUUUUGUUGAUGAAUAAUUGCUUCACCAUCAAUGCAAUUGUUACACUAAUAAGGCGAUUCCCUGGGCAGUUUAAUUUGACAAUUAAGAUUAUGGCAAUUAAUUUUUGCUGAUGAAUAUCAAAUGCACGAAUCGACAUUUUACUUGAAAUUGUAAAAGUCGGUCAAUUUAGUCCCUUAAA